AAACUGCAUAUAACCUCUAAAAUCUCAGGACCUAUACAAUGCUAAGUUCUAGUAAUUAGAGUAAAAGUAAAUGUUUUAACUUUCAGCAGCUCCACCUGCUCAAACAAUGGAGCUUGACAAAUGGUAAAGCAUAUAUCUUUGUCACACAUGAAACACAUAAUUGCUCAAAAACCACACUACACCAUUAAUUUGUUGUUCCAUUAACGUUGGAUGGCUUGAAUGUAUGGCUCUUCUACCUUAAUCUUUAUAGGUUUAAGCUUAUGGAAUCUGUUUUGUUUGAUAUUCACAUGAGCUAUCAAGUUCAGAUUAUGUAUUGUCUGAUAAAUUCUUGGGUCAAAGAAAUUUUUAAAAUUUUGAUGGGACAAGAACAUUAACUACUUGGUAUAUCACACAAAGGCAGUUUUAAACUUUUAAUUCAUGUUAUUCACAGUUCUCUUAAUGAAUGUAUAGUAACAGUCUCAAGUACUUAUGGUCAACUAUACAGUUCAAAUCUAAUGGUUUGAUAAAUUUGAAAGCUUUGCCAGUUUAGAUCAUCAUCAUCAUUCAUCAGUACUCAGUAGCUAUGAAGUGGAAGCCAGAGAGGAACAAGAAUUGACUACAUCACAUCACUUACUCUCACUCUCCAUCUCUUGAGCGUGAGCUUCAGUCUCUCAUGCUUAGUUUGACACACGCGCCCCUAUCAAUAGCUUUGGAAUAACCCACACAUACGCCUAUGAAUUGCUAGAUGCUAGAAAGAAGUCUAUAAGAGAGAGAGAUAGAGAGCGCUUACAGUCAAAGUCUGACAUCAAAAUCUUUGAAAUUUCGAAUUUGAAUUUCCAAAGAAAAAUAAUCUCAUUAUGUACAGUAAAUGCUUUCAAUUUAGCAGGAAGGGAAGGGAGGGAUCUGAUUGAUAGUUUUUUGUUUUCUUCUGUUUCCCCCUCUGUCACUCAACUAAAGCAAAAACAAAAAAAAGCAACAUCACAUUACAUAUUAAAAAAAAAAAACUUAGAGAGAGAAAAAAGAAAACCAUUUCUUCACCAUUGUUGAUGGAGUGAGAAACCUCCUUCCCAUCUCAUUUCUUGUUUCUGUUCACAACCCAAUAAGGUCAAAUGAAUUUGUAGGUUGCAUGUUAACUUACCCUUCAAGUCUACAUCUUUUAUCAACCCUUUAGAUUCUCUCUUUUGUUCUUAUCCUUUCACAUAAAGAAUAGAAAAAAAAAUCAGAUCUUUCCUUCUGCUUUUCCACAAAGUUGGAACCUUUAAGAAGCUAUGGAUCGAAGAGAAGCAAUGGGCUCUUACUUCAUCCAAAGAGGCAUGCCUGGUCCUGGCCCUCCUCCUCCUCCUUCGCAAACUCAACAGCCAUUUCAGGGGUCACAAGGGUUUCACCAUUUCUCCAACCCCAAUUACCAGACUCAAGGUGGCGGCUCCACUGGCUUCGUGUCUCCUCCUUUGCAAAUGGAGUCUUCUCCGGUUGAUUCUUCAGCGGUGGCUCCUCCUCCUCCUGGUGAGACGUCUCUGAAGAGGAAGAGAGGGAGGCCAAGGAAAUACGGACAAGACGGUUCUGUUUCCUUGGCAUUGUCUCCUUCAGUGGGCUCCUCCUCCAUGUCCCCAAACUCGAACAAACGUGGCCGUGGUAGACCUCCUGGCUCCGGCAAGAAGCAAAGACUUGCUUCCAUCGGUGACUUGAUGCCUUCGUCGUCAGGGAUGAGCUUCACGCCGCACGUAAUCGUAGUUUCAGUUGGUGAAGACAUAGCAUCAAAAGUACUGUCUUUUUCUCAGCAAGGUCCAAGAGCUAUUUGUGUCUUAUCCGUUAUUGGCGCAGUCUCUACUGCAACUCUUAUUCAACCAGCACCGUCCCAUGGAGCUAUAACCUACGAGGGCCGUUUCGAGCUCGUAUCUCUAUCACUUUCUUAUCUGAACUCAAAUGACAAUGACUACUCAACCCGCACUGGAAACCUAGCGGUCUCACUCGCUAGCUCUGAUGGUCGUGUCAUUGGUGGUGGAAUUGGUGGGCCUCUAAUAGCAGCAAGCCAUGUUCAGGUUAUCGUUGGGAGCUUUCUUUGGGCGGUUCCUAAAGGGAAGAUUAAAAAACGAGAUGAAGAUGUCCAGGACACUGAUGCUUUGGAGAACAACAAUGACAACACGGCAGCACCAGCGUCGCCUCCUGUUCCUCAGAGCCUUGUUCAGACUCCUGUAGGCAUGUGGUCAACCGGUUCGAGAUCGAUGGAUAUGCAUCACGCUCAUAUGGACAUUGAUCUAAUGCGCGGAUGAUGAUGAUUCAUGUGUGUAUAUAAAUAACCAUUGAAAAUCUAGGAGAAGAAGACUUUAAGCUAACCUCUCUUAGAGAAUUGUCUUUUGGUUUUAUGCCUAGGAAACAAAAGACUUGUAGUGAUUUUUCAGAACUCAUGUGUGUUUGGUUUCAUAUUAUAUGUUUAUUGCAUUCUACAA